AGCUGACAGCAGGCGAACAAACACGAGGUGAGGGAGGACUACUGAAAUCUGUACUUGAUGCAGACAGAGGAUUAUUUUUUUUCUCAAAAGGGGAGACAUCUAGAGAAUUGAGCUUCAAAGGAAUGUGUGAAAACAACCCUGUGCUGCUGCAUGGUUGACUGAGCUGUGGAGGACCAUCUUGUGCACAUUUUAAUCUGAGGUAAUCUCCUUUAAACUACCUAGACCAAAAUGUAAGAAUAGGUUAUUUCUUUUUGAUUCACAUGAGCUGCCACAGCUGUCUUUUCUUGUGUGCUUGCAUUAGUUAGAGUAUGUAGAACCCACUUUGAUUCCCAGAAGCAGGUUGCAUUGCACUGUAAACAGCGUAAACAAAACGUCUGAGGCUAUUUCUCUAUGUCUCAUGUCUUUCUCUCAUUCUGUUUCUGUCAGUUAUUUCUUUGUUUCUCUCGUCUCUCCCACUGCCGGCCUUUUUUUUGUCUCUCUGUCUUUCUGUUCCCUGUUUCUUUGCUCUACCUAGCCCUAACCCUGUCUCUGUCAGUAUCGGUUUCUUCGCCACAUCAGGCCCUUUGAACUUUAGCCCCAGCGUCCCAGGUAGAGCGUGAUGGCAGAGGGCGGCAUGGGUACUUGCCCCCAGGUGUUUGUGGUGGACAGUCACUCAAGCUACGUCCACAUGCCCAGCAAGAAGAAACCCCGGUGGGCGAGAGUAGGCCACAGGUUUCUUCUCCUGCUGAUGGGACUUACCAUGUUGGGACUUGUCGUACAGGGGUUUUUCAUCUACCGUCUAUACGAAAAAACUGAGGCCUUUUCCGUCUAUAGGUCUCAUCCUCUCUACCAGAACAUGUCCAAUCCCAAAACAUCUGGCCAGCAGGUAAGCGUAUCUUUGGGUACUGAAUCUUGGGCUAUACUGUCACACUGCAUUGCGUGUGUUGGCUUUGUGAGUUUUAACUCUUUUUUUCUGUUUCAGGGUGGCACCAUAAUGACUCGGGUGGGAUCUAAAGAGAUGCCCAGCGAGCGACCACACCCGGAACAGAUCCAACACAGGCCCUUUGCUCACCUGAUGGGCUCCAAUAAUCCUGUAGGGGAGAACAAUGUGGUGCAGUGGAUACAUGAGGGUGGCGAAGCCAUCACCCACAACAUGAGCUACAACAAAGGCCGAUUGUUGGUAGAAAAGGAAGGUUACUACUAUCUCUACUCCAAAUUGCAAAUGAAUUCUGGAGUGGUGUGUUCACUCAUCCAGCACAAGGUCAUGAAAGACACCCGAGCCUAUGACAAAUCUAUAGAACUUAUGAAAUCAAAAAGUUUUCACUGCCGGACUCCAAAACCUUCAGAUGGGGAUGAUCUGUGGAACAGUUUCCUGGCUGGGAUUUUCCACUUACAGAGAGGAGAUAAAAUUUUUGUCACAUUGGAGGAUAUACAUAAGAUUCGUCCAGGACUUGCGGACAACUUCAUGGGGGCCUUCAUGCUAUUUCCUUAGAAACAUGUACAGUAGAAAUACGUCUGGCCCACUUUGUGAUCAGAUUCUAUGUCUGUGUGUGUUAAUUUAAACCAUAUAUUGUGGUAAGUUUGAUAUAUCUAAUAUAUACAAUAUAUAUAAUCUAAUAUACACUGUACUUGAAUAUAUUACUUAUGAAAAAGCAACAGAUAGUUGUGAUAUCACAAAAGUAUCUGAUAUUCAGAUUCUAUAA